UCGUUUUUACAUAACCGUCAACCGCUCGCGCAUUUCUGAGCGCGCAGCAGCUGUUUAUUAAGUAGAUUCAAAGCGUGUUUCGUCAGCACGUCACGUCCUCACUUGUCAAAUCUUGAGGAGAUGUGGAGCGAAGAGUAAUUUUGUCUUCGUGGUUUAAGCAAGGUGUAACACAUCCAGUGUUCACUGAGGCGGCGGUGAGUUGAAAGGCUCGCGGUUAGCAUGAGAUUACUUCGUCCUAAGGGGGCGCGCCUCGUGUGCGCGGCUCGUUGAGUUUAAGAUGAGGAGAUGAGAGAAGCGGCAGCUCAUUCACUGUCAGAUGCGGGAUCGCUCCACGCUGAACUUUUAACAAAAUAAAGGACAUAAAGUUUGGAUAUAAAACGGACUGUUGUGGAUAAAGUGUGGACUUUUUAUUGUACAAACAGUUUCUGUUCCCUGGAUUACUUCUGGAUCAUUUUUAGACGGGAUCAGAUGCGAUGCAAACCAAACCAGGGAUAAAGACUUAAUUCGCGUUUUGUUUUUUACGAAAUGAUGAGCAUUCCGCACACUGUUUUGUGGGUUUUAUUUAUGUCUCGCUCAAAUGCGCUGGAGUUUAUCAUCUAGCGCGUGAAAUUAUUGGAUAAGAAUUUAUAAUAGUGCCCAGAUUGAUUUCACAGAGCCUGUUUUGUGGCUCGUUUUUCUUUGAGCUGUUAAGAGUUUAUACUUUGUGAGAUUUGUCUCUGGAAAGGCAUGUUCCCUGGCUCCACGCCGGUUGGAGCAUCUUUGCGGCUCCGGUCGGGAAGGUUUCGCCUGCGCUGUUACACAUUUGGACCACAGGGGAGAUGAGAACCGCGCUGAUCCAUUUUCUCUUCUGCUGCUUCUAUCUGCUUUCAGCAGCCGUUGAGGAAGCUCCAAUUCCCAGAGAACUGAUCGAGCGAAUCUCCAACAGCGAGAUCCACAGUAUCAGCGACCUCCAGCGGAUCCUGGAGAUUGACUACUUAGCAGAAAAUGAGGUGGUGGAGGAAGUUAAACAGCAAGGCCACCAUAAGGAGCAUCUCUAUGACAAUAGACACCUUAAGAAUUCACGUGCACACUCCAGACGCAAGAGAAGCAUCGAAGAGGCAGUGCCUGCUGUUUGUAAGACACGCACGGUGAUCUACGAGAUCCCGCGGAGUCAGGUGGAUCCCACCGCCGCCAACUUUUUGAUCUGGCCUCCGUGCGUCGAGGUGAGGCGAUGCUCGGGCUGCUGCAACACAAGCAACAUGCGCUGUCAUCCCUCCAAAAAGCAUCACAGGACUGUAAAGGUGGCCAAGGUGGAGUACGUACGCAGAAGGCCGAAGCUCCUGGAGGUGCAGGUGCAGCUGGAGGACCAUCUUGAAUGCGUAUGCACAUCCAGACAUCACUCGGAGUCCCGCAUGCACACAGAUAAAAGGUGAGCGUGGCACUGGAUGAAAGCGAGUCGAGGAGGUGAGUGGCAGCCAUCACAUCCAAUCAGAUAACUGGGACAGCGCAACAGCCAGUGAGCGAUAUCAUCUGAAAAGACAAGCUGGUGCACCCUGAGCGAAUAAGGGAGGUCUUUUGGGAUCCCUCUGGACUUUUUGAAAGGACUCGGACAAAGACUUUGCCUUUGGAUUAAAAACCAGAGGAACUACGCAGUAAAAGACACUGCAGAUAAAGAGACUCGCAAAGCGAAACAUUGGGAUCUGUUUUCACGACCUUGUAAAGGAGCAUCUAUCACAACUUUAUUUGUAUAUCAAAAUUUAUUUUCUGCAAGCAAGUAUCUGUAUCGUCUUCAUUUUUAUAACUGCCAGUUUUCUAUCAACACUGAUAAUCUCUUGUAUAUGCCGUAGAAUGAACAAGUACAACAAAACACAAACUACAGUAACUGAUACUAAUAAAGUACAUACACUGUG